UUGUGUGUGUAUCGGCAGGGGACCAAUGGUUACACCGGCCAGGUAAGCGACUAGUUACUGUCGCCGAAUACACACCAAGGCACGGAUCCUGUUCUGUAACCGUAGCUAGAUAUCUGUGUUCAAGGAAAUGGAAUAAAAAACGCACAUCUUUCUGUGAAUUAGGCAUCAGCGGAACUGUUCACUUUGAAAGGUAUGUAAAACAAGUUAUAUAAGACACACACCACGACUUCUGAUAUACCGGUCGUGGUGUACUGACUGGGAUGAGAAAUAGCCAGUGGACCCACCGACGGGGAUCGAUCCUAGACCGCUGCGCAUCACCACUGAGCUACGUCCCGCCCCUGUUAGAGAUUGGGGGAGAAGCACGACGGAUUCAACAAGAAUACAUGAUAUCGCUAGAUCUGUCGUUUUGUCUACAUAAUAUCCGACACUUCAGUACGCACCAUGGUGAGUGACGUCACGGGACUGGUUGUGGCAGCUGUAAUUGUCGCUGUCAUCGUCUUUAUACUGGUCGUGGCCAUAUCGUGUUACUGUUGGAGGCGUAUCGAAUACAAGCGAGAGAGGAAAGGGAAGAAGAAGAGGAGUUCAAGUAUGGUAACGAGUAGCACCGCCCUGGGACACCCACCUUACACCUACUCCCCCUACUGUGUGCCCACUACCUACAAGUACCCGCCUGUACCUCCCGCCAUGCACUUGGCGGCCUACCAGCCACAGUACAUACCGGCGUACAACCUGCCGGGACUUGUCAUGAGUGGCGAGGACCGAGCUAGUCCACGAUAUGCGGAUUUCAAAUUCACUGAGGCUGUUUACAUCAGCCAGCCUAAUGGAGACGUGCCGCGGGAAAAUGAUUUGUGGAAAUACGAUCGCCCCAAGCCUCGUAGACACCCAGACUGGCUAAAGAAAAGUUAUGAAGAAACGGGUAAAAUUUUGAAUAUAGGAGACGACGAAAAGAGUAAACAUUCUUCCAUCCAUUCGAAAAAAAUGCCAGCACACUCGUCCAAUGUGCAAGAGACGAAAACAGUGGACGAGUUCAUGAUAGUGGACUAUGUGACCACUGGCGACGCACCCGCCAGUUCACCAGUGUACACGGCCGUCAUAAAACAGAGAGAAACUUCUUCUCUUCACAAACCGUCGGCCUCCCCUCCCAAAUCGCCGCCAGCGCCAUCUACCCCACCACCAUCACCACCACCACCUCCUGACCCUAUCCCGGUGGCAGUCGCCAGUUAUUCCACUAGACAGGAAGUAAGAGUGGAUUCAGUGCUACAGGAAACGGAAGUGACCAAAGAUACGGAAACUGAAGAAUAUUUGCUUUCGUAUCGGCAGAGAAGACCAAAAGAAGGGGACGUGGUGUUUGGCGUCUCGUCUCACGACACCGACCCCUCAACGUCAGAAAACGAGACUUACUACCGAUCAACGUACGAGCCAGAACCUAGCUUUGGAGGGGGGAUUCCUGAGGAUCAAAUCCAGCAGGAAUACGUUGCCAGGGUAACGAGCCACGGUGGUGAUCAUCAGCAUCAUCACGGCGGAGAACAUCAUCAUCACAGCAUGAAAGAGGAUGACGAGCACCACGUGGAUUAUCGAGUGAUUCGAAAAUCUGGCAGAAAACCAUCAUGGCUGGAAUCCACAGGAUCAUGGUUUAAAAGAGGAAAGAAAGGCUCUUCGUUGAAGAAAUAGCGGACCAUGAUAAAGGACAAUUAACUGACACUAUCAACACCGAUGUAAAAUGUUUCUUGGAAUGUACAUAUAACGGUUCAAUCAACGAUACUUCAAAACGUCCAUUGACAUUAGUGUUAUAGAAUACAUACAGUUGUCAUGUUUGUCUUCUUUACACACAUAUUUGUGUAAUGACUGCAUUGGUGGGACACAAAUCUAGGUCAUUACGUCAUUACUGGAUUUUGUUCUCUUAGUGUAGGAUUGUAAAACUUAGCUAGUUUAAUUUAUCUUUGGUUUUGGGUUUCUAAACAUUCGUUUUUCCAAAUCAACGUCAUAAUCAUAUUAUCACCUCAACUGACAUAACUAAUGCAUCCAUGUACAAAGAGAGAUAUAAAACACAAGAAGACGGCCAUGUUAAAAACGUUCAGCUGACCCACCCGCCACGCGUCCACUAUGAGCCUAGUUACGGCUUGAAAAUAGUCCGAGAUGCACCACACUGAGAGACUGAAAUGGCUGAGGAUGUUGGUCAACUAAAUGUUCUCCCGUCAGAUUAGUAGUGGCACUAUUACUUCUGUCCGUGACAGGCAUCAUCUUGCUAAGGAUUCGACUUGGCUAGUGCCUAUACGUGUGUCAUAGUUAUAUAAUGAAUCAGAUUUUAGUUGAUGGAUAUACCUGUGUUACAGUUAUAUAAUGAAUCUGAUUUUAGUUGGUGGAUAUACCUGUGUUACAGUUAUAUAAUGAAUCUGAUUUUAGUAGGUGGAUAUACGUUUGUUAUAGUUAUAUAAUGAAUCAUAUCUUAGAUGGUGGCUAUACGUGUGUUAUAGUUAUAUAAUGAAUCAGAUCUUAGCUGGUGGCUAUACGUGUGUCACAGUUGUAUAACGAAUCAGAUCUUAGCUGGUGGAUAUACGUGUGUUAAUUAUAUAACGAAUCAGAUCUUAGCUGGUGGAUAUACGUGUGUUAUAGUUAUAUAAUGAAUCAGAUCUUAGUUGGUGGCAAUACGUGUGUCACAGUUAUAUAAUGAAUCAGAUUUUAGUUGAUGGAUAUACCUGUGUUACAGUUAUAUAAUGAAUCUGAUUUUAGUUGAUGGAUAUACCUGUGUUACAGUUAUAUAAUGAAUCUGAUUUUAGUUGGUGGAUAUACGUGUGUUAUAGUUAUAUAAUGAAUCAGAUGUUAGCUGGUGGCUAUACGUGUGUCACAGUUAUAUAACGAAUCAGAUCUUAGCUGGUGGAUAUACAUGUGUUAAUUAUAUAACGAAUCAGAUCUUAGUUGGUGGAUAUACGUGUGUUAUAGUUAUAUAAUGAAUCAGAUCUUAGCUGAUGGAUAUACGUGUGUUAUAGUUAUAUAAUGAAUCAGAUCUUAGUUGGUGGCAAUACGUGUGUCACAGUUAUAUAAUGAAUCAGAUCUUAGCUGAUGGAUAUACUGUGUCAUAGUUAUAUAAUGAAUCAGAACUUAGUUGGUGGAUAUACUGUGUUAUAGUUAUAUAAUGAAUCAGAUCUUAGUUGAUGGAUAAUCGUGUGUCAUAGUUAUAUAAUGAAUCAGAUCUUAGUUGGUGGCUAUACGUGUGUCAUAGUUAUAUAAUGAAUCAGAUCUUAGCUGGUGGAUAUACGUGUGUCAUAGUUAUAUGAUGAACAACAUGUUACCCGCUCUAUAUACGUGUAGCAUGAUAGUUAUAUGAUAAACCAGACAACAGCUAAUGAAUACAUGUAUAUGUAUACUCUUCAAAAAAGUUGGGGAACUCUAAUAAGAAUUUACCAUUGCCAAAAUUGUAAGGUAUAUUAGCUGUGGGGAAUGGUUAUAUGAUAAUAGUGAAUUAAUUGG